UAACUUCGAAUUGCGUAAUGGCUUUUGGUGAUGUAUUCGUUAUUCUAAUACAAUCUUUGUUACUUGGCAAAACGAUAUUUUACUUUAUUUAUGCUUUUCUAAAUAACCUAACUGUAAACCGUGCUAAGUGCCGAGCACGAUCGCAACACGAGUAUUUCAUCAUCAAAACUGCGGAAUUUUUGGGUCAAAGAGCUUAACUUUUUAGCUUCUCGGCUUUUUUAGCUUUCUUGGUCGUAAGCUAAAGGUUAUGUUCAUACAUCCUGGGGCACGAUCGUACCGAGUAAACUCGGCAUAUAAAAGAUCACGAACAACCAUUAUCCGCGAUACUGACAUUUUCUGAUUACCAAUAACCAUCAUCGAUGACUCUCGAAAAUUUUCUUUCGACCCUUCGAUUUCUAAUAGCUUGAAAGGUUUACACCGUUUCCUUUCUCUUUCAGUUGUAGAGUACGAUAACUAAUUAAAGGGUAAAUUCGAUACUAAAAAAUUAAUUUUAUCCUGUGCGUAACCAGCAAACUAUUCUGUCGUCGGUAAUGAUUGUAGGUAACUGAAAAAGAAUACAUAUCCAUAAUGGAUAAUGGUUAAAUGGUUACCAUUGGUAACCAAACAGAUCGUAAUUAUUUAUAACGUUUAUCGACGAUGAAAAUCGUUCAAACUAACAUAUCGAUUCUUAUACUACGACAUUCUUAGCUUGAAUCGUAAGUGUUACGACAACUGUCGUCUGCGACUCUGUAUGGAUUUUCCAUGCACUUAUUCGAAUGGAAUUGUUAGAAUAUGAGAAACGUGUAUUGCAUCUUGUUUGCAUCGGUCCCAUCGUUACUCGCGUUACUCGCGUUACUCGCGUAUUAAUCGUGGAAAUGACGAUCACCGGCAGACGGCGACAGGGUCGCUACCGUAGAAAGGACUGCAGUCGCGCACGUGUGUCCGUUGUGUGAACGACGCCACGCGGCGAGAGAGAGUCGGUGCUUUGUCUCUGUGCACGUAUAUUCUUCCCUCUUCUUUGUCGUUUUCACACGUGCAUCAGGCGUGUGCCGUCUCUCGGUAUGCUCGCACCGUUCAGUAAUUUUUCGGCUAUCAACGAACAAGUAUCUCGCGAACAGUAAUUUCGAAAGCGGUGCACACGAUGCCGGACAAAAUCGCGCCAAUGGAGAAGCAAGUUUUGGCGAUCACGAAAGUCAUCAACCAUGAAAACGAUGCGGUGAAAUUGAAAAAAGAACUCGGUUUGUUGGACGGUGUCGCGAUUAUCGUCGGCAUUAUCGUUGGCGCCGGAAUCUUCGUAUCGCCGAAGGGUGUGCUGGAAAAUAGCGGCAGCGUUGGACAGGCUCUGAUAGUUUGGAUCUUUUCCGGUGUUUUGUCUCUGAUCGGUGCACUAUGUUACGCGGAACUCGGUACCAUGAUCCCCAAGUCCGGAGGCGACUACGCUUACAUCAACGACGCUUUUGGACCCCUACCGGCGUUCCUCUACCUCUACGUGGCAUUGUUCGUGCUGGUCCCAACUGGAAACGCGAUCACAGCCCUAACGUUCGCACAAUACAUCUUGCAACCAGUUUGGCACGGUUGCGUUCCUCCGUACGCAGCGGUGCGACUACUCGCUGCCGUUAUCACGUGCUUGUUAACAGCCAUUAACUGUUACAACGUGAAAUGGGCGACCAGAGUGCAGGAUAUCUUCACCGGAACGAAGAUUUUCGCCCUGGUGAUCAUCAUGGUUGCCGGAUUUUGGUGGCUGUGCAUGGGUCACACGGAAAAUUUUCGACAUCCCAUGGAUGGAACGAAUACCCAGCCUGGCUACGUUGCUCUAGCCGUUUAUUCAGGCCUGUUCUCUUAUUCCGGAUGGAAUUAUCUGAAUUACGUAACCGAGGAGCUAAAGGAUCCUUACAGAAAUCUUCCAAGAGCGAUUUGCAUAUCAUUGCCGUUGGUGACCGUGAUUUAUGUCCUGGCGAACAUUGCUUAUUUCGUGGUGUUAACGCAAGAUGAAAUUCUGGCAUCGAAUGCUGUCGCUGUCACUUUCAGCGACAAACUGUUGGGUGUGAUGUCUUGGAUAAUGCCAUUGUUCGUAGCUUGCUCAACGUUCGGGGCGUUGAACGGAGCAAUUUUCGCAUCGUCGCGAUUAUUUUUCGUAGGAGCUCGCAAUGGACAUCUGCCUGCUGCCAUUGCUCUCAUCAAUGUGCGAAACUUAACGCCGAUGCCGUCGCUCAUCUUUCUCUGCAUUAUCACCCUGGCACUUCUGAUCAUAGAGGAUGUCUAUGUGCUAAUCUAUUAUGUUAGCUUCGUUGAAGCACUAUUCACUACGCUCUCGGUGUCUGGCCUCCUCUGGCUUCGUUACAAAAGUCCCGAUCGCCAACGACCAAUAAAGGUGUCUAUCGUAUUACCAAUUAUAUUUUUCAUAAUAUGCGCUUUCCUGGUCACGUUCCCAUGCUACGUGUCUCCAUGGGAAGUGGGAGUAGGAGUGAUAAUCAUCUUAUCUGGCAUUCCUAUGUAUUGCAUCUUCAUUCAUUGGGAAAAGAAACCUAAAUGGAUUAUCAGAUCGUCCCACAAUUUCAACAUGAUCUGCGCUAAAUUAUUCAUGUGCGUGCAAGAGGAGAAGAGCGAUUGAUCACCAAGUGCCGUUCUACUAUAAUUAACGUUUAGAAUUACUUUAUUAUAUUAGUUUCGUAUAGAAAUUUAUAUAGCGCGAAUGCGUGCUACAUCGAUCUAUCGAUUUCUUCGUUUAUAAAUACUAAUGACAACUAUGAUUAUUUCGUUACGUUAAGUUAAGUAGAUCCGACUUCGAACGAAAGCAUGCCCGACAUUCCAACGAAAUCUACAAACAUACGUUGUUUCUCGUCGAAUUUAUAAAUGAACGAAUCGAUCACACUUGAUUUGUAUUUUUAUAUACAUAUUGUCAAUGAUUUUUAAUGCCUAUAUGUCGAUCGGGCGGUUCAUCGAUUAUACGCAAUAACAUUUUCUAAUAAUUCGUAUUCGUAACAAUUGCGUAGCAUAAUUGCUAUAUAUUAGUUGCAUUUAACUAGAAGAGAAUCGUCUCUUCUUUCACUUUCAAUAUCAUUUACCAAAUUUCUCGUUUAUUCAAACUGCUUCAAAGCUAUAUAGGUACAACGAGAUAAAUAGACGCGCUGAAAAGUGCACGCACAAUGAGAAUCUUAGAAAGUCAAUUGCUCGUUUAUUAUAGAAUUUGUAAAUACAUAUUAAGUAGAAUUAUUCCGGACCUAAAAUAAGAAAAAGUAGGAAAGGGAAGAGCAGAAAAGUAAAGGAAUACGCGAACUUUUAUCUUUAGAUGAUUUCCAUUUGCAAAUUCCUUAAUUUAAUUUUCUUAAUUGCCUUAAUAACAAAUUUUAACAACUUCUUAUCGUCUCUGGAGAGAUGAUUUUGGUCUCGUUACGUGAUCUCCUUGCCUGAAUGAAAUUCAUUUUGCAACAGAAUUGUUUCCACUGUUAAACGUUUCUUCGCGCUUCGUCCUCCGUUGCCAUUCUUACGGUUAACCAUUCUUACGAACACGAUUGACGAUGAACAACGCGAUUUAGCAAGAAUUCCACAGGAUUGACCGAUAAAUUUCAAAUUGACGAAUAGAAAAAGGUUUAAGAAAAAGGAGAGAAAAGAGUACUCUUACUCGCUUAAAAAAAUUCAUACACUCUUUACUUUUCAUUUUCCCCCGUAAUCUUCUUUGCUCUUAUACGAAUCGACGAUUAUUAACCACUUUGUACGUUUAACUACAAGGUUGUUUACCGUGUUCUGUAGAUAAUGCGUGUGUAUAAAAUCACAUGAAAUCACAUAAGACUGCGACAAGUAUUUGUCUCGCGAUAAUACACGUGCUCCGUUUUGUGCAUUGGCCAAAAUUAAUCGACGAUGCAUAAAAUAUUCACUAUCACGCAAAAACCUAUUUGAUUAAUUCAUGGUCGUGCAUUGUUUUAGGGAUCUUUUAAACACGUUUCAAAGCUAUGCGUUUGAUUGUAAUAACUAAAAUAAUACGUAUCAGGUAUUAUUUUAUUAAUAGACGCAUAAUAACCAUAGUAAUACAAGUAGUAGAACCGUGUGUAUUUAAACUAUUUAAUUGUACAUACAGAAAAUGAAGCGUUAUAAAUUAUUUAUCACAAUUCGAUCAACCAUGCU